AUGGCCCCUUCACUGGAAGUUGGGCUUGAACAAUCUCCAACUCAAGUCGGCCUACCCGCUUCCCUCCCGACCAAAGUUUCAUCCGCCACUCCCAAAUCGACCCUAUCUUAUACUCCCGGCCGUACUAUAGUCGAGAAGCACGAGACCUACGAACAUGAAGAUCUCCGUCCUUCAUUCCCCGAUAAGAAAUGGCCAGCUCUAAAAGAGCUCCCCUAUUCAGACAAGGGUCUUUUGGGCUCCGACACCUUCAAAGAUCUCCUGGCCACCGCUACCGACGUAUUUGACUAUGUCCCCAAAAUCGGCACUGAAGUUCAUGGUGUUGAUCUAGCCAACUUAACCGACGGUGCCAAAAAUGACCUUGCUCGAUUCAUAUCCAUCCGUGGAGUUGUUUUCUUCCGCAACCAAAAAAACUUCGAUAUCGAAGCUCAACGCAAAUUGGGUUCUUAUUUCGGAACUUUGCAUAAGCAUGCUACGACUUCCGUCCCAAAGCGUGGUGACGUGGAUGAUGUCCACGUGGUAUACACAGAUGAGAAGUCCAAAGAUCAGAGAGCACUUUUUACACCUAGCUUCCUCUGGCAUUCAGACGUCACCUACGAGAUUCAACCGCCUUCAUACACUUCUCUUAAAGUGCUAUCCGGUCCACCUCGAGGUGGUGGUGGCGAUACUCUAUGGUCUUCUCAAUAUGCAGCUUAUGAUGCACUUUCCGCACCAAUGCAAAAAUACCUCGAAUCCCUCACUGCACUCCACACUUCUCACUUACAAGCCGAAGGAUCACGAGCCUUGGGUAGACCAGUCAGAAGAGAUCCAAUUACCACCGAACAUCCUCUCAUCCGUUCACAUCCCGUCACGGGGUGGAAAUCACUAUUCUUCAACCCAGGAUUCGUAACCAAAAUUGUUGGAAUUCCCAAAGUGGAAAGUGAAGUGAUUCUCGCGUACUUGAACGAGGUGGUGGCCACGACGCAGGAACUGCAUGUGAGGUUUCAGUGGGGCAAGGAUGAUGUGGCGUUUUGGGAUAAUCGAAUCUCGAAUCAUACUGCUUCGUAUGGGUUUGCGCCGCAUAGGAGACAUGCGGUUAGGGUGUGCUGUCAUGGGGAGAAACCGGUGUUGGAGGAGAGUGCGAGGAGUCAGGAAGAGGAAUUGGGUGAGAUGUUUGGAUUGCCGGUUGUUAAUAAGGAUGGGAGUGGUCAGAGCAAUUAUAAUGAUUGA